AUGUUUGAGUUUAGGGUCAAUCAAGGACCGAGGCCCCCUGUGGCCGCCCGUGCAGGCGUCUUCCAGCUCCCCCACGGCCCUCUGCGCACACCCAUUUUUAUGCCGGUUGCGACGCAGGCCGCGCUCAAGGGCGUCACGGUGGAGCAACUGGAGGAGAUGGACGUUGAGAUCAUUCUCGGCAACACCUACCACCUCGGCCUCCGACCCGGGGAAUACGUGUUGCGCGAGAUCACUGACCGAAAGAAUAGGGCGGAAGAGGAGAAGAAGGAACAAGAAGCUGCACGGGCGGUGAAGGACAACAUGGAUGAUCACUUUUUGGAGGGGUGGAAGCGAAAUAUUUUGACAGAUAGCGGCGGUUUCCAGAUGGUGAGUUUGCUGAAGUUGGCGCAGAUCACCGAGGAAGGCGUGCGAUUCCAGUCAACGCACGGCGGUGGCAGCGGGGUGAUGCCUGCCAACACCGUCGAGGACGAAAGAGGCACCACGGGCGGCGAAGAGAACUGCUCUCUUUUGCUGCGGCCCGAGGACAGUAUUCGCAUCCAGAACGCGAUUGGCGCCGAUAUUAUGAUGCAGCUCGACGACGUCGUGCACGUGCUCACGACGGGACCUCGGGUCGAGGAGGCGGCAAAGCGUUCAGUGCGUUGGCUCGACCGCUGUCUCGCGGCUAACCAAAACCCGCAAAAGCAGUGCAUCUUUGGCAUCGUUCAGGGCGCCCUCGACCCGGCGCUGCGCCAGUACUGCCUGCAGGAAAUGAUUAAACGGACCACCUGCAAGGGAUUUGCCAUUGGGGGUUUGAGCGGCGGGGAGGCAAAGGACGAAUUCUGGCGCAUGGUGCGUCUCUGCACCGACCAGAGCCACGGCGCAGGUCUGCCCAACAACAAACCUCGCUACUGCAUGGGCGUUGGCUACCCCGAAGAUAUCCUCGUGUGCAUUGCGCUGGGUGUGGAUAUGUUUGACUGCGUCUAUGCGUGCCGGACGGCCCGCUUCGGCUCUGCGCUGACGUCAGAGGGGAAGAUACAGAUUGGCAAGCGGCAGUACCGCGCCGACGGCGGCCCACUCGACCCCAAGUGUUCUUGCAAGACGUGCAAGACGUACUCGCGGGCCUACUUGCACACCAUCGCCUCCGCCAAGGACUCCAUCUCGGCCACACUUCUUUCCUACCAUAACUUGGCCUACCUAAUCUCUCUCACCCGCGGUGCACGGACGGCCAUCGAGGAGGGGGCGGUUCACCGAGUACGUGCAAGACUUUUUGUAGCGUACUACCCAAAACGAAUCUACCCUGCAUGGGUGGUGGACGCGCUGCGCUCCGUUGAAAUUGAGCUUCUCCCUCCCAUGGAAGAGCCGACAGGGCUGUGA